AUGGGAAAUUCUUUUGGCUGUUCAGCUUCUGGGGAGAGAUUGGUGUCUGCGGCCAGGGAUGGUGAUUUGGUUGAAGCAAAGAUGCUUUUGGAAUUCAAUCCUGGUCUUGCUAAAUAUUCAACCUUUGGUGGUCUUAAUUCACCUCUUCAUUUUGCUGCUUCCAAGGGUCAUAACGAGAUUGUGGCAUUGUUGCUUGAGAAGGGAGCUGAUGUGAAUUCGAGAAAUUAUUGUGGGCAGACAGCUUUGAUGCAAGCUUGUAGACAUGGUCAUUGGGAAGUUGUACAGACCCUUAUGCUCUACCGAUGCAAUGUUAUGAAAGCAGAUUAUCUUAGUGGGAGGACAGCUCUUCACUUUGCAGCUGUCAGUGGGCAUGUUAGAUGCAUUAGACUUGUUGUGGCUGACUUCGUUCCAAGUGCUCCUUAUGAAACUCUACAUGCUAGCGCGGAUGCUGACGUGAGUGAUGGAUCAAAUACGAAAAGAAAAAACGAGCAAAGUACAUUGUCCAAGUUUGUAAACAAGACGGCUGAUGCUGGUAUUACUGCACUUCACAUGGCUGCAUUGAACGGCUAUUUCGAUUGUGUACAACUCCUACUUGAUCUUAACGCAAAUGUGUCAGCUGCAACAUAUCAUUAUGGAACAUCAAUGGAUUUAAUAGGGGCUGGAAGCACUCCAUUGCAUUAUGCUGCUUGUGGUGGAAACUUAAAAUGCUGCCAGAUCCUCCUUGCAAAAGGUGCAACUCGAAUGGCUUUGAACUGCAACGGGUGGCUUCCACUUGAUGUUGCUAGGAUGUGGGGGCGUCAUUGGCUCGAACCGUUGCUGGCGCCCAGUUCUGAUACCGUAGUGUCGUCAUUCCCUACUUCAAAUUAUUUAUCUUUGCCCCUCAUGAGCGUGCUCAACAUAGCCAGAGAAUGUGGAUUGCAACCACCGACAACCUCCUCUAACGAGAUCGACUUCUGUGCUGUCUGCCUCGAGAAGCCAUGUUCAGUAGCUGCAGAAGGAUGCAUGCACGAGCUUUGCGUAAGAUGUGCGCUCUAUCUUUGCUCCACAACCAAUGUUUCUUCUGAAAUGCAAGGCCCUCCCGGUUCCAUUCCUUGUCCUCUUUGUCGACAUGGAAUUAUCUCUUUUGUCAAGUUACCGAGUUUCCAACCGAAAGAAAACAAAUUACACGUCUCGCUCAGCAUGUGUACUCCCUGCAUGCAGCAUCCACGUGACGUAGAUCAAACCUCUCUCUCACAUACUACACCGGAAAUUCGAAGAAACCGAGUAGCUUCCGUUUCUUCGGAGAUGCUUUGUCCUGUCACCUGUACACCGUUUCCUUCCGUAGCAAUUCCGUUAUGUACCUGCAAUGAUGGUCCUUGCCCACCAUUUGAACCCCGGGAAGAUGAAACUCAAGAUGAAUCUCCCCGUCACUCACAAGCUUCGACAACUGAUCAAGAUAAAAUGGAAGGACCAAAACUGGUGAAAACUACGUGUUCGAAUAUGUUUUGGGGUAGAAGAAGUUGCAGCAGAGAGAAUCAAUGUAAUUCAGAAAUAAAUGCUUGA